AUGAGAGUACAUGUUUUUGGUAAUAGCCCUUCCCCCGCUGUUGCCAUAUAUUGUAUGCGGAAAGCUGCCCAGAAAGGUGCAGAACGUUAUGGUCAAGAUGCCAAGCACUUUGUGAUGAGACAUUUCUAUGUAGAUGACGGACUUGCUUCAGCGAACACACCUGAAGGAGCAGUUAACAUUCUCAACAAAGCAAAACAAAUGCUGGCAGAGUCUAAUCUGCGACUACAUAAGAUUGCCUCUAACAGCAAACAAGUCAUGGAAGCUUUCACCGCAGAAGACAGAGCUAAAGACCUCAAAGACCUUUGCCUGGGAACAGACACCCUUCCAUUGCAGAAAAGUCUAGGCCUAAGCUGGGAUCUAGAUAAAGACUGUUUUGUGUUUCAGGUUUCUUCAGCAGAAAAGCCAUUCACAAGAAGAGGGAUCCUAUCCACUGUUAACAGUCUCUACGACCCUCUCGGGUUUGUGGCGCCAGUCACCAUAAAAGGUAAGGCCUUAGUUCGUGAACUGUCAAGUGGAGAAAGUGAGUGGGAUGCCUUACUUCCACAAGAAAGACUCCAUGAGUGGGUCCAAUGGACAGAGUCUUUACAAGCCUUACAAUGUUUACAAAUAUCCAGGUGUUAUGUACCUCUUUCAUUGUCACAGGCCUGCAAAAAAGAACUGUACAUCUUUUCAGAUGCAUCUGUUAUAGCAAUAGGUGCCGUUGCUUACUUGAAGGUAAGCGAUGUAGGAAAUAUCUGCCAUGUUGGAUUUGUUAUGGGAAAAUCCAAGCUAAGUCCUAGGCCAGCACACACAAUCCCACGUCUAGAGUUAUGUGCAGCUGUACUAGCGGUUGAACUGUAUGAGCUAGUGAGAGACUAGAUAGACCUAGACCUAGAUGCUGUGAAAUUCUUUACAGACAGUAAAACAGUCCUAGGCUAUAUCUGCAACAGUACAAAGAGAUUCUUUUUAUAUGUUUCUAAUCGGGUGAACAGGAUCAGACAAACAACACGUCCAGAGCAAUGGUUCUAUGUGCCCUCAGAACAAAAUCCUGCAGAUUAUGCUACCAGGCCUACACAGAUAGACUGCCUUCAGAACUCUAUAUGGUUCUCAGGUCCACCUUUUCUGUAUCAGAUGGCUGUAGAUACUCCUGACACCAAUGUUUACCCUUUAGUGGAGCCCGAAGCUGAUCCUGAAAUUAGGUCAGAAGUAGUAAGCUUCAGUACUAAAGCCCUUGACGCUAGACUGCAGCCACAUCGUUUUGUAAGAUUUUCGGACUGGAAGAGACUGAACAGGGUUAUAGCGAAGUUAAUCCAUGUUGCCAAAAGCUUCCAAAGGAAACUUAAUGAUGAUCAAUCUGGAAGUUGGAGAGUUUUCCAUGAAAGAUUGAAGUAAAAGUCACGAAACAAGGGACUGUUAAAGUGUACGCCAGACCAGUUUCUGAUGUCAUUGUUCUCCUUUGAGUAUUUCUAUUAUGUUAUUGGCUCAAUACAUAACUAAGAGCUUGUCACUGAGAGUUUUCAAAUGUGACAUUUGCCACGAGCUGAAUUCCAUUCUGUGGAUUACAAAUGGGGUAGGAGAUAGUUUGGCCUAGUGCGGCUUCUCCUAUCUGAAGAUGGGUUUAUGGACAGAACUAUUUCUUCAUGUGGAUUACCAGCUUGAAGUGCCACAGCCAAGAGACACUGAUAUUGUGGACUUAUGUUAUAGUUUGUUACUAGUUCUGGUCAGGAACACAAUAUCUUAUUAAUAUGUUUUUCCCUGUACAUCAGAUAUGUAUAGGUAGUGAUAUAAUGUAUUAUAUCAGGCAGGGAGUGUGCUGCCUUUUUAGGUUAACUGCAUUAUAAUGAUAGGUUGUGUAGUGUACCACUGCCAUCUAGUGGCAGAAGUUAAUAUCAGCUUUACUUACAAAGAUAGUUUAUACAGACAGGAAGUGACCUUUGUUCCAGGAAGCUCUUCCACCAUCUUGAGGUCAUUCUUCCACUGGGCAGGCAGCAUGUAUCUAUCUCUCCCAUGAGGUUUGGGACAUCAUCACCUUUUCACAGACUAAAAUAAAGUUGGAGUCCUCUGGUGGACAAUACAAGCAUGGGCUUCUGUUUACUGGAGUCUCUAACAAGUGUUUAGCUGUCCGUUUAGAACCACACAUAGUCAGUGUUUUGAGAGCGGAAC